CACUGGACUGGUCUGUGCCCCAAACGUCAUUGUCCAGAACCAACACAGUUGGGUUUCUCACCUCCAACCGAAAAAAAGUGUCUCCGUCCUUAGAGAGAUUUCUCGCUUUUGAUCCUUUGUCUCCUGGGUGAUACGCUAUCUCCCAGCCUGCGACCAAAAUAAGAAAGACCUCCUGUUCCGACCAACCCUCACGACACGCAAACUCAGCAGGUGCUGCAGGUGUUUUGCAGUAAUUCUUCUCUUUCUGUAUUUAUUUUUCAUCCAGGCCUCGCGUAAAGGGAGACCGAUUUGAAGGGGAAAGACACUCAGAAAAGAAAGUCUUAUUCCGAGACUUUCCUUUGACCCUCCUUGUUCCAGAAUCCUACCCUCAUUCAAUCCCUACUUAUGGCCAGCCAUAUCAUCGGCAACCGCAACAGCACGCCUGAAGCCUCCAAGUCCAGUCUUCGUCCUCCAUCGUCGUCUCGGAAUCUAGGAUCGCACCAGCUUCGUGCAUCGGCCGAUAUGUCGGGCUUCCCGUCUCCUCUGUCAUCCCGCAGUAUCCGUCCUUCCUCGGAAGUGUACUUCAAUCAACAGUCUCAGGCGUCGAACAACGCGGAGGAUCCGUUGGACCGCGCGGCUCAGCAGUGGCUUGCGGACAUUGAUCAGUACGAGACUACAUUGGAAGAAAUGGCCGCUGCCACGCUGGACCAGGAUUUCAAGGAUGAGCUUAGCGCCAUCGAGCAGUGGUUCCGGGUCCUCAGCGAGGCGGAGAGGACUGCUGCCCUUUACGCUCUGCUGCAGCAGACCACUCAGGUGCAGAUUCGUUUCUUCAUCCAGGUUUUGCAGCAGAUGGCCAAGAGCCAUCCCAUGUCGGGACUGUUGUCUCCAGCCAACUUUGGUGAGAAGGAUGCCAUGUCUAACCGCCUGAACGAUGCCAUGUCCAAGUUGAACGUGGACAGCUCCCGGAGCUCUCUCGGUCGCCCCCCGCCGUCCCCGGGUGCCAAGCGCAACUCCGGACUCGACUCGUCCACCAUCAAUGCCAUGUUCCCUGAUGCCGCGGCGGCGAUCGCGAAGAAGAAGGCUGAGUUCACCCAGCAAACGGGCAAUGCUCCGCCCUCGAACCGCAACAGCGCUGUCUUCGAUCGGACUUCCUUUGUGGCACCCACCAUUUCCGCUCCGGACAACAGCAACGACAGCUUGGGCCAGCCUCCGGUUUCGCCCUGGGCCCAGCGCGGAUCUGAGCCGCAACCCCCUAUCGCUCGUCCUAAGUCUUCGUCCGGCCAUCAGCCCAUGGGCCAAUUCAGCCAGACUCCUUCGAGCCUGCGCUCUCCGCUCCCUACCCAAACCGCCACGAUUCCUGCCCCCGAAAUUGAUGCUCCCUUGCUCUCGCCGUACAAUGUUGGAAAUGCCAGCUGGGCCUCCAUGACCAACACCCCCAUGACGGCGACCUUUGGCCAGCAAUCGCAGCAGCCCCAGCAGAACUCGCAGGCCGAUAUGGUGGCCAACGCGACUGCGAUGAAGCUGGCCGCACUGUCGACCGUCAACAACCGCAUUGCACUUGAUGAUGCUCGCAAGUACCGUCGGGCUCGCUCCAACGAUGGCCAGGGUAAGAACUCGGCCAACGCCGGCCACGGCAUGUCUCAUGGUGGCCUGGCUAGCCCGGGCCUCCCGGGCCACAAUCACCUGGUUGCCGGACAGCUGUUGAACCCUCAGCAGCUGGCGGCUUUGCAGGCACAGCAGCAGGCCGCGAUGGCGGGUCGUCGCUCCCGCCCGACGUCGCCUGGAAUCGCCAUGCAGGGUGCUGGCGGACUUGGUCCGAUGGGCUUCACUUCGCCGCAGAACAACGGCUUCUUGGCGGCAUAUGACCCGAACAACCCGCUCAUAGGUAACGGCCUGGGUGCACUCGGCAUCGGGCAGUUUGGCCUGGGAGGUCCGGAGGGCUACCUCUCGGACCACUCGGAAGUGGCUCGCGGCCGGUCCCCGCGUGGUCGUCGCGGUAGCUCGAAGCCGCCGGAGGACCCCACGGACCCCAACCUGUUGAAGGAUAUUCCCAGCUGGCUGAGAUCGCUGCGGCUGCACAAGUACACGGAAAACCUGAAGGACUUGAAGUGGACGGAGCUUGUCGAACUGAACGACAAGGCGCUGGAAGACCGCGGCGUCAAUGCUCUGGGUGCCAGAAACAAGAUGCUCAAGGUUUUCGAACAAGUCAGAGAAGCCAAAGCCGAGGGCAAGCUCGACAACAUCGCGUGACGAAAUGCAGCCAUUCAUUCAUCGUCUUGACUUAACGUUUCUGCUUACAUUCUCUCUAUUGCAUUAAUUGACUAGAUUGGCUUUGGGCAUAAGUGGCAGGAUCCGAA